CCCAGCAGGUUCCACGAGUUUAUUUCUAGCGUUUUCUCCCUCGGACUCGGUCUGUGAUCCGUCUGUGAUGCUGACAACCGACCGAGCUCCAGCCCUGCGUCACGUCUCCUGCCAUGUUGCUCCCGGGGGCUCCGCGGACCUGAGCGGGAACGUGUCCGGUGCUCCGAGGUCCAGCGGGGACAUGUGAAAUGUCUCUGCGGGGUUUGUCGGCACUUCCAGGCGGCGACUGACACACCGAGCCAGGCUAGCGAGGCUACCUUAGCGAGCUCGGCGGACUAGCGUUAGCCGCACCGCUGGCUGAGCGUGUCGCGGUUCGGACGCAGCGUUGAUCGCAUCAUCUGAUUGUUUAUUUAUCUCCCGUUUCUUGUUUGUAGUUGAGCUCCACACCGGUCGGUUGUUGUAGUGUCCACAGGCCGGUGUAGCACGUUAGCCUUUGCUAGCUACUUGUAUGCGCUGCACGCUCCCUUUAGCCACCGAUCCCCCCCUCAUCGAUACUCGGGCUUGACAGCGGUCACAUUCUCCAGGGUCGGUGAACCCGGCGCUGACAUGCGGCGCUGACACGUCUGUUGGCCGGGAGCACACGCAGCAACACGCCCGUCACAGUGCCCUUUUCUAGCGUCGUGGCUGACAUGGCAGCCGGCGGAUACUCCGACCUGAGGCAGAAGCUCAAGUCCAUGCCUCCGCACAGGGACGAGUCCAAAAAUAAAUACGUGGACGGGACGAGCAACGGCAGCGGGAAGGGGCGGAAGCGCGAGUACCGGGAGUCCGACGGCGACGAGUGCGAGCACGGCGAGGACAGCGCGGAGCUCCGGGAGCAGGAGGCCCGCCGGGUGAGCAGCAGCAUCCUGCAGGAGGACGCCUUCACCCCGGAGGAGUGCGCCCUCAUCGAGGAGAAGAUCGACGAGGUGGUGGCCCAGGGAGAGGCCGGGCUCUACCGGGAGCACACUGUGGACAGGGCGCCCCUCCGCAACAAGUACUUCUUCGGGGAGGGCUACACGUACGGGGCCCAGCUGGAGAAGCGUGGCCCGGGCCAGGAGAGGCUGUACCGCAAAGGGGAGGUGGACGACAUCCCCGGCUGGGUGGACGAGCUGGUGAUCAAGCGGCUGGUGGCCAACGGGGUGAUCCCGGAAGGGUUUGUCAACAGCGCGGUGAUCAAUGAUUACCAGCCGGGGGGGUGCAUCGUGUCCCACGUGGACCCCCUGCACAUCUUCGCCCGGCCCAUCGUGUCCGUGUCCUUCUUCAGUGACAGCGCUCUGUGCUUCGGCUGCCGCUUCCAGUUCAAACCCAUCCGGGUGUCCGAGCCGGUGUUCGUCCUGCCCGUGAGGAGAGGCAGCGUCACGGUGCUCAGUGGCUACGCUGCAGAUGACAUCACCCAUUGCAUCCGGCCCCAGGACAUCAAGGAGCGGCGUGCGGUCAUCAUCCUUCGAAAGACCAGAGCCGAUGCCCCUCGAGUGGACUGCGACAGCCCUUUAAGUUCGCCCCCUGUGGAGAGACCUGCUCCUCUGAAGGCCAAACGCUCUCAUCGCAGAGCACGGCCUGAUGCUGCACACAGGCCGAGGGUCCUGGAGAUGGAUAAAGAGGAGAACAGACACCCGUCAUUCUCCCGACAGCGGCGCCGCAGCGGCAGCUCGGAGACCUACUGGCGGCGCGGCCAGGACUCCGACAAACACCGGGAGAGCUCAAACCGCAAAGUCAAAAUGAGGCGCCACUGAGCGCCCGUCACUCACACACACACGUACACUAUUAAAAUAUUAUCGUUUCUUCUGUGUAUUUUAGUCUCGUAACUUGAGUUGAUCAGACAUCGUUUUUCUCUCGCUCCAGUUUUAGUCUGGCGCACGGAGCACAGUCAUCGUAGCGUCUGCAUUUUGAGUUUGGUUCAGUUUUGAGUGUAUAUUUGUUUCCUGGCAGACGAAGCUGCGCCUUAUAGAACUUCAUGUUACUUACUGCAGCUCGACUCUGUUGUCAAACUGUUCGAUUACCUUUAAAUCAAACAUUUAUUUUGUUCCUAAUGUGCAUAGAUAUGAAAUGGCAUGUAUUUUUUGUAACCAAGAUGUACAGACCUUAAGAGCUGAAAGGAAGAUGCACCUCUGGACCUGUACAAAAGUAAAACCUGGGCUGUAAUCUAACUUGUUAUAAUGUACAAAACAUUUGUAUAGUCUUUGAUGGGGGGAACUUUUAUGCAGAAUGAAACUUUUUUGUUUGAUUGUUUUAUGUUUUACCUUCAUCUCUCACCCAUACCCUUUACUGUGCCAUCCCAUCUCCUUCCUCUCUGUUCAGCCUCUGUCACAGUUCAGGUUGCAGUGACUGUCCGGUUUCCCACCAGGCUCUUGUGUUUUUAUUUGAUUCAGCCGUGGUUCCUCUUCCUGAAGGUCACACUAUGGGAUGUCAACUUAACUGAUGCUUAAUGGAGUGAGGAAAUAUACUCAGGCCUUGUUUUACACUUUAGUUUCAGUCUGAGGUUGCAGUUCCUGAUAUAGUGACAGAUGCCAUGUUAUUGCUGAUCUCUAUUAAAUCUAACUUUUCCUCA